CCAUUUUGAGACUAAGUGCAAAACCCGCCAUUUUUGAAGACACCAUUAGAAGUUUCUGAAAUUGUCCUUUUCCCAAAAAUAUCGAAAUAAGAUGAACACUACUGAUCACUGAAGAUGGAAGUAAACCUUGAAAGAGAGCUCAAACAGCUCAAGAAGAGAAAACUUAAAGCUCAGGAAAAAGGUGACCUUGCUGAGGAGGCCAAGCUCUGCAAUGCUGUUGGAGAAAUACUUUUUCAUUAUGGAUACUAUGAAAAGGCUGUUAAAGAACACACAAAGGAAGUGCAGUUAUCUGAAGCAAGUCAAGAUACUAUUGGAGCUGCUAUUGCUCACAGAAAAGUAGGAGAGUGUCUGUGUGAACUCAAGAAAUACAAAGACGCACUGUUUCACCAAAACUUGCAUCUUGAGCUCGCUCGGUCAGCGAAAAAUCUUGUUGAAGAACAGCGGGCCUUAGCAACCAUUGGGCGCACGUGGCUUGUCCAUUCAGAUGAUGCAAUCAACAGUGAUGAGGUGGAAGGAUUUCUUCUUGAGGCACAGACUGCAUUCCUGAAAAGUCUGGAUGUCUGUGACAAAUUACACAGAAGUGUUUCCCAAAAGGAAUUGUUAGAGAUGAAGUCAAGAUUGUAUCUGAAUCUUGGUCUGAUUUAUGAAAACCAGAAGGAUCUGAGCAGAGCCAAGAGUUUUGUUGAAAAGGCUUUGAUCAUUGCUAGAGAUAGAGGUUUGAGGGACACUGAGUACCGCUGUCUGCUAACUAUAGGAGGUAUUCGAAUGAAAUCUGAUGAAGAUGCACAUGGCUUAAGAUGCCUUGAACAGGCCCUACAGGUGGCUAGACAGGGAAACAACAAGUUUGAUGAAGCAGAUGCUUUGGCUUUGUUGGGAAAGGUUUUCCUCAAGCUGGGGGAGUUUUCAGCUGCUCGAAGUAAUUUAAAGAAAGCAUACAUUAUUAAUAAGACCAAGAGAUCUGAUGAUAUAGAGGAAUUGAAAUCAAGUUUAGCCACAGCUAUAAAAGGAAUUAGAUUUGAGAGGAAAUGGGCAAAACUUUCAGAAUUUUCUCUUGAUGAACAAAUUAAAAUAUUGGACACCCUUGGUGAUCUGUACUGUCAGGCAAAGUCUUUCCACAAAGCUCUUGGUUUCUACAAGAGGGAGCUUGAUCUAGCCAAAUGUGCGGGGAAGUCUCAAACAGAUCUUUCACCUAUUUACGUGUCCCUUGCAAUAACAUACCAUGACCUCAAAUGUCCUCAAGAUGCCAUUGACUGCUACAUGAAAGAACUAGAAACACUGGAAGCAGGGAAUGCUAAAAAGAAGAGUGAUACAUGGUGUAACAUUGCUUAUGUACAUGAUAAAUCUGGACAUGAUUAUGAACAAAUUGAAGAUGCCUACAUGAAGGCCCUGGCUUAUGCAGAACAAGCUGGAAAACCUCAAGUUGUGCUGAGGGUGUGGAAGUGCUUCGCAGAUACACAAAAGAUGUUUGAUCUCAAAGAAAAGUACCAAAAAUCAGUUGCUAAAGUUACAGAACUUGAAAGACAGUUUGAUAUUGAAGUAGUUAGCGAUGACAGUGAUGAUGAAAGAGACAGUAAUAACAUUGAUGAAGAUCUCACAGAAGUUUUAAUUGAAAACGAAUUACUGCUCUCAGAAUCUGAUGAAGAUGAUGACAAUGAAGGAGAAGAUCCUAGAGCAAGGAACAGUUCAAAAAAAGCAAGGAUAAGAAGUCAGCGAAAGUAUGUUAAUGAAAAAGGAGAAACCCCAUUACAUGAGGCAGCAAUUGCUGGAAACUCACAACGUGUCAAAGAGUUGUUGGAAGAGGGAACUGAUGUCCAUGCUAGGGAUUACUGUGGCUGGCUUCCACUUCACGAGGCUUGCAACCAUGGUCACCUAGAGGUGGCCAAGCUUUUGCUUGUGGCAGGGUCAAAUGUGAAUGACCAGAGUGGUGAACACUGCUGUGGAGUGACACCCCUCCAUGAUGCAGCUGAGAAUGGGCAUGUCCAUGUGGUCAAACUCCUGUUGUCUCAUGGAGCAUCCAUUAAUCUGAAAGAUGACAAGGGUCGUACAGCCUUGGAAGCAACCAUUCAGACACUCAAAAUUGAUAAAGCUGAUGAUGAACUGUCUACUGGAAGACAACAGGUGGUUAAACUUCUUCGCAAUUACAAAGAAACGAAAAAUAGUUCAGAACUAAGGAGAAGAAAUGUAGUGUUUGAUGAAGAUGAAGAAGCUGAGGAAUCUUCUGAAGAGAGUACAAGUACUCUGCAAAGAUUCAAUGAUAAAUUGAAGAAGAAAGAGAUCGAAAGACUUCAAAGGAUGAACAAAAAUAUUUUAGACAACAGCAAACAAGGCUAUGUGGAUGAACCACAUCAUCAAAAGAAACAUAGCAAAGGAGCUGUUUUAAGUGCGGAUGAUGAUUCUAAUUCUCCUGGUAAACCAGUAGAUUCUUCUGUUCAACAACUGGUUGGCAGUGCUAAUGAUGUGUUUUCUUGUGAAACUGAUGAGGCACCCUUUGAACCCUUUUACAAUUUUGGAGUUGAGAUAGGUGAGGAUGACAGCACAUACUCAUCUAUGGAUGAUUUGGAUGAUCAAAGCUCUGAUUUUGAGUCAAAUAGCUCAAUACCUGAUCCAGUAGCAGGAACAUCGCAUGAUAUUAGCAGCUCUUUAACUGGCCCAGUGGCAUCUCAUGUGUCUCAAAAAGCUGCAGAAUGGCUUGUCGAUGAUGUUGGGCCAAGGAGGGCAAAACGUAAACGUCAAGCAAAGCUGACAAACCUUGCUAGAUCAACUGAACGCACCAAACAAACAUCUGGGCCAAGACAACGGUUAAGUCUCAGUAAUACUCAUACAGGUCCUCGCCCAAAGCAAUCAAAGUUGGUUGUAUCACAAGAACCUAGAGCACCAGCAAGUGCAAAUAGUGCCAUGUCCUCUAAUCAUAAUUAUACAACAAAUUGUUGGUCUCCAAAUGAUCCUGCAACUUCAUUAUCAACUAGAUUAGAGGUAACUUCUCCAGAUGUAAGAACUAGUAUUUAUGACCUUCCUGCAACAAGUUCAAGACACACAGUAGCCCCAGGAGGAACUCCACCUAUGCGCCUUAGAGUAUGGGUGCAGGAUAAAAUGUUUCUUAUACCAUGUCCUCAAGGCAAUGCACAAGAAGCUAAGUGUGUUGGGUGGUUAGCUGAGCAGGCUUCCCUCAGAUACUUUUCCUCUUCUGGUCUUCGUCCCAAGUUAGCCCUGAAAACAAAGGAGGGUGCUUUCUUGUCAGUGGAGGAUAAAGUCACAGAUGUGCUUUCAAGUAAUGAAGAAGUUAUAGCAUCGGUAGAAUCUUGGGACUUACCACCAUUGUCAGAAAGAUAUCGUGAUGCAUGCCUCAACACCAACACUGUACUUCAGGUAGAUGUACUACACAUCCUUGAAGCAGAUCCUCACCUGUCAAGCCUCCAUCUAGCAAACAAAGCUUUACAAGAUAUUUUUGUGCUGCCACUCUUCAGAGCUCUGCAGUGUCAUGACACUUUGACAAAGCUCUCAUUGCCUGGUAACAGGAUAGGUGACUCUGGCAUCCAGCAUCUAGUGUCAGCUCUUCCAACCCUCCCCUCCCUUGCCAUACUGGACCUGACUUCCAACGGAAUAACUUACAAAGGACUGUCCUUGGUUGCUGGUGCUUUAACUUCUAAGGACUCCUUGAGUUCAGGAACCCAACAGAAUUGUAUUCUUCAAAAGUUGGAGGAACUUAGUUUCAGCUAUAACCUGUUGGGAGACAGUGCUGGAAGUUCAUUGGCUGUCAUUCUUAAAGGGUGUCCCAUUCUAACUUAUCUAAGAAUAGAAUCUUGUGGGUUGACUCAUGAAGUUGUUUCCCAGGGAAAAGCACUUGCCUCAGCCUUUAAAGGAUCAAAGCUAUUGCAUUUGUCUGUAGCCUUCAAUUCUCUUGGCCCUCAAGGAAUAACAGAUUUGAUGACAGUUCUUCCACCUGAGUCACUGAGUCACUUGAAUAUAACCUCAUCACUGCAAGAUAAAGGAAAUCAAUUGGCCUUCCACAGUAUAGAAAGAUUCAUGGAAAUUGGCUGUAUCCUUUCUCAUCUGGUUCUUGGAGAUUGCAGUAUUGAUGACAAGGACCUGGAGCUUCUCCUCAAAGCGAGGCAUAUGUUCUCUAUUCUCAGUCUGGAUCUGAGUUGCAACAAAAUUGGCACCAAUGGAUUACCAUUACUUGAAAGACUUGUGAAGGAAAGCUGCAAACUCUCAACUCUUAUUCUGGCUGGUAAUGAAGAAAUUUUCACUGAUCGUGAUGGACUCCAGCGUUUGCUUGUGGCAACUAAGGACAGUAAAACCCUCAGAAAGCUAAAUUUGUCAACUUGUGGAGUGCAGUCACCUCUUGAGGAGUCAUUCUUUGAUGCUUUGAAAACUUCAAUUUCACAAAGAGACAGGGAAAGUUGUCUUACUGAACUAGAUCUUUCUUAUAAUCUCAUAAGUUCUGUUGAUAAAGAGCGGCUUUCAGAAGAGUGGCAUUUAGGGUAUUCAGGGGAAAGUUUAACUUGCUUAAAAAAUAACCUUUGCUUAUUGACAAAGUUAUAGAUGGUGUUAGGUUUGCUAAAUUGAAUGAAUUUAAAUUGUAAAUAAGGUGCCUAUAUUUGUAGAAUAUCAAGUGUUGUUCACUUUUGUGUAAUGUUAUCAAAUUUAAUGGGUCUGAUGCCAAGUACUGCAAAAUUAAUGUUCUAAUUAUCAGUCAUGGUAAUAAAUUGUUUAUUUCACCUG